AUGGUGGGUGCUGCUGCGUUUCUGGCGGGUGUGUCUCGGAUGACCAUUUCCCUUGCUGUUAUUAUGUUCGAACUCACAGGCCAGCUCUCCUAUACCGUCCCAUCUAUGCUCGCCAUCCUAACCGCAAAAUGGGUCGCCGACGCAAUCUCCUCAGAAGGCGUCUACGACCUCGCUCAAUCCCUACUCUCCCACCCUUUCCUCGACCCAGACACCGCUCUCUCCAUCGUCCGCCGCCACAAAGCCUGCGUCGAGGUCCUCAUUCCCCCUCAGCGCACCAUGGAUGACAUUACCGUUCACGUACCUACAAGCAAUAAGGUGGCUUUGACUCUGUUGAAAGAGAAGCUCGAUGCAUUGAGAGAACGGGGUCUCAUGGACGCGGGUCUGGUUCUAGUACAGAAGAAUGGUGGCGGCGUUGAAGUGUUGCAAGGGUACAUUUCGCAGUCGGAGCUCGAAUUUGGAUUGACGAAACUCGUUCCUGAUGUGCUUGUAUCGGCGCAGGAAGAGGAUGUCCAGGUCAGGUUGUUAGGCCAGGAAAUUGAUGAGCCGGCGAGUCCCAUGAGCUUGGAGAUGGAUUUGACGCCCUUUGUGGAUCGGACGCCAUUGAGCAUCUGUGCGAAAGCACCUCUGGAAUAUGCUGUCGAGAUGUUCUCCAAACUGGGGUUGAGAUAUCUUAUGGUGACCAAAGAGGGCACAGCACAACUGGUGGGUGUAAUUAUCAAGAAGAGGCUCGUAGGUUACCUAGAACACCUGAGAGAACACGGCGAAGGAGAUUAG